AUGGGUGUUCAGUGUCCCGUCCACAGCCACUAUGAGCUCUGUGGCUCUGGCUGUGAAGUCACCUGUCAUAGUUUGGCUCCUCCCACUGGCUGUCGUAGCCCCUGUAUGGAGGGCUGUGUGUGUGACGACGGCUACAUCAGGAGUGGGGACCGCUGCGUCCCCUUCUCUCAGUGUGGGUGUCUCUAUGGCAACCGCUACUACUUCCUUUACCAACAGUUCUAUCCUGGCAAUAACUGUGAGGAGGUGUGCAUGUGUUUACCAGAUGGCCAGGUGGUCUGUAAAAAGUCAUCUUGCGGCCCCUAUGAGAGGUGUGAGUUGGUGGACGGCGUUCAAAGAUGCAAGCCAAUCAGACAGGCCAUUUGCGAAGCUUCGGGUGACCCACACUAUGUGUCCUUUGAUGGGCUGCGCUUUGAUUUCCAGGGAACCUGUACCUACAUUCUCUCCCAAUCCUGUGGCCUGGAACAGACCAACCUGACCCAUUUCUCCAUCCAGGUGAAAAAUGAGAGAUGGUGGCCCAAUAGAUAUCAUAAAGUGUCUGUUACCCAGCAAGUGGCCUUAACAGUCUACGGCAGCACCAUCAUCUUAAGACAAAAUGAGCCCCAGAUCUUGGACUCUAAUAUGACACCAUUCCCACAGGUCAAUGGGGUUUUGACUAACCUCCCUUAUAGUUCAAGCAGUUUAAAUGGCCCCUUGGUCCAGGCCUAUAAGGAAGGUAUUUACUACAUCAUCAAGACUGGCUUUGGUCUCUACGUGACCUAUGACCUGUCUUACCACGUCACUGUUACCAUUCCUGACAACUACAGCAACAAGACCUGCGGACUCUGCGGCAACUUUGACGGCAUCCCUUCGAAUGACUUCCGUCUCCCAGAUGGCAAUAUUACACAGGACGUAAAUGUAUUCGGGAGAGCCUGGAAAGUCGAUGUCCCUGGAGUGAUGUGUGAGGACGGAUGUGAAGGCGACACAUGUGUGGACUGUGAUCUUCGACUGAAAGCCAUCUUUGAGAAGCCUCCCUACUGUGGAGUUCUGGUUGAUCCCAACGGGCCGUUUGCUGCCUGCCACGCUGUGCUGAACCCCUCAGUUUAUCUCAACGACUGUGUCUUUGACACCUGCGCAUCCGACGGCAGCAUCAGGGUGGUUUGCGAUAGUGUGGCGAGAUAUGCUUUUAGUUGUCGCAGAGCCGGAGUCGUUAUCCAAAGAUGGAGGACAGACAAUUUCUGCCCAAUGUCGUGUCCAGCUCACAGUCACUACGAACCGUGCACGGACGUCUGCUCUUCUGCUUGCCCUGGACUGACUACGAUAAUCCAGUGUCCUAAAACAUGCACAGAGGGUUGCGCUUGUGACGAAGGCUAUAUGUUUGAUGGCCAGCAAUGCACUGAACAUCAGCAAUGUGGCUGCUAUCAGCAGGGACGCAAGUAUACGGCUGGGGAGGUGGUUUACCUGGACCAGUGUCAGCAGAAGUGUCAAUGUGAUCCAGUGAAUGGACUUACGUGUGAAAGAGCAAACUGUCCUAACGGCACACAGUGUUUCCUUAGAGCGGGAAUGUGGGGCUGCUUUUACCCAGAUCCAUGUCAAGACCUCCACUGUCGAGAGAAAGAGACAUGCGGCUUUGAACACGGCAACGCUGUGUGUGUGCCCCAGUACAACAGCACAUGCUGGGCCUGGGGUGAUCCGCACUACCACACCUUUGACGGCCAUGAGUAUAACUUCCAAGGCACCUGUAAACACAUCUUGUCUAAGACCUGUGGGAAUCUGAGUGGACUGGUGCCCUUCUCUGUAACCCAGAGCAAUGAAAACCGCGGAAACCCUGAUGUGUCUUAUGUGCGAGAAGUAGAAGUUACUGUAUAUGGCAGCACUUUUACCAUGGUGAACCACCAUACAGGACAGAUCAUGGUGGAUGGUUUGUGGUUUUAUCUUCCUCUUGAUCAUCUUGACGGCCAAGUGAGGGUGAGACAGAGUGGCAAUGCUGCUCUUUUGGAAACUAACUUUGGUCUGCGUGUCUCUUACACUUGGGGCUGGCGGGUUGAUCUGCAUCUUCCCAGUAGUUACUAUGGAGUUGUGUGUGGCCUGUGUGGAAAUUUCAACGGUAAUGGUGGAGAUGAGUGGAGAGACCCUGCUGGAGUCCUUCUGCCAAGUCUUUACCAGUGGGCAAAGAGCUGGACAGCAGAAGACAGCAUCACAUCUGCAUGUCACGAUGGCUGUGAGACCAACUGCCCUGUUUGCUCUAGUGACUUACUUGCCCUCUAUGAAACGGACACUUUCUGUGGUGUCCUGACGUCUACAGGCCAGGGUGUCUUUAGUGCAUGUCAUGCUAAAGUGAACCCACAGGCGUUCCAGCAAAGCUGUGUGUAUGAUCUGUGCUUCAAUAAUGGAGACCGAAGACUUCUCUGUCAGGCUCUGGAGACUUAUGUCGAUCUGUGUCGUCGAGAGGGUGUGAUUAUUACAGAUUGGAGACAAAAAUUAAAUUGCUCUAUGAGCUGCCCGCACAACAGUCAUUAUGAGGGAUGUGCAUCUCCGUGUCCAGCAACGUGUCCGUACCCAAAUCAACAGCCAAAUUGCACUGGUACCUGUGUGGAAGCCUGUGUGUGUGACAGUGGAUUUGUCCUCAGCGCUGGCAAUUGUGUGCCCACCAGUCAAUGUGGCUGCUUUUAUGAAGGCGCCUACUACCAACAAGGCCAAACCUUCUGGGCUGAUGAGCGGUGUCAUCUGCUUUGCAAGUGUGACCGUAACUUAAGUGCAGUAGUGUGUCGUGAAUCAUCCUGUGCUGUCGGUGAGAGUUGCUCGAUUGUUAAUGGAAGUCGCAGUUGUCAGCCAGUGAGUCGCUCUGCAACAUGCACAGGCUCAGGGGACCCACAUUACCGCACAUUCGACGGAUUCCGUUUUGACUUCCAGGGCACGUGUGUGUAUCAGUUGGCAGCCCUGUGCCUUUAUAAUGCGAGUCUUGUACCUUUUAAUGUGACGGUUAAGAAUGAUCAUCGUGGGAACGGCGCGGUGAGCUUCACUAACACUGUCAAUGUGACUGUGAAUGGAUUCACCAUCACAUUGACCAGAGAACAUCCGUAUCAGUUACUGUUCGAUGGCCAGCUAGCAGAACUUCCCUUUUGGAUUCAAGAUGUGUUUGUAGUUGUCCGCAGUGGUAACAUUGCUGUUGUGAAGACAAACUUUGGUCUCCAGGUGACCUUUGACUGGUCCAAUGUGGUCAGCGUCACUUUGCCUUACAAUUACAGCAGUGCAGUCUGUGGACUUUGUGGAAACUUCAACGGUGUUGUUCAGGAUGACCUUGUGAUGCACAAUGGUAUGAUGGCACCCAAUGCCAGUAGUCUGGGACAGAGCUGGCAGGUUGCUGCAACAGCUGGCUGUUCCUCAGCUGGUUGCCUUGGUGCUGGAUGCUCAACCUGCACUGCGACCCAGAGGGAGAACGCCCAGCGCUACUCUCCGUCCUGCCCACCAAACAGCCACUACAACCCCUGUGCUCCAGGCUGUACUGAGACCUGUGUUAAUCUCUCUGUGCACAACUGCAGCAGACCCUGUGCUGAGGCCUGCCAGUGUGAUCGGGGUUACAUCUUGAGCGGCCAAACCUGUGUGAACAAUGGAUUUUUCACCCUCCCUUCAUCUUUUGGCCAUCAAGUCACCAUUAACCAGGUUGGUCAAAGUGUCCAAGUGCAAACAGAUUUUGGCUUGAGAGUUCUGUAUGACGCCAGUUACCACGCAGAAGUCUAUGUACCCUCAAACUAUCAAGGUCGCAUGUGUGGACUUUGUGGAAACUACAAUGGCAAUCCAGCAGAUGACUUCUUGUUGCCCAAUGGCACACAAAGCGCCAGUGUCGAUGCAUUCGGACAGACAUGGGCAUUGCCAGCAACUGAUGUUCAGUGCGGAGGUGUAAGUUCCCCACAGCAGUGUGAUCAGACCAAAGCUGAGAGAUACCGCAGAGAUGAUGCCUGUGGCCUUAUGGCAGCUGUCACUGGUCCCUUCAGUGCCUGUCACGAUCAGCUGAAUCCUGAGCAACAUCUGAUUAACUGUGUAUUUGACAUGUGUGUUACGGAUGGAGACAGAGCGAUACUGUGUGAAAAUCUUCAAGCUUAUGCCAUUACUUGCCAACAAGCCGGGAUACAAAUCAUGCCAUGGAGAAAUAGUUCAUUCUGUCCGAUGGACUGUCCUGCUAACAGUCACUAUGCACAGUGCUCUAAUAACUGUGUGAACACCUGUGCCAGCCUUAGUGGCUCCGUUAACAACUGCCCAGAUGUUUGCAUGGAAGGCUGUCAGUGUGAUGAAGGUUGGCUCUCAGAUGGUGAUGCAUGUGUGCCUGUGGGAGACUGUGGAUGUGUCCAUACUGGCAAAUACCUAAAGCUUGGCGAAGUCUUAGUGACUGACACCUGCGACAUGAAGUGUGUGUGUCGUACUGCUGGGCUGCUGGAGUGUGUAAGACAAACCUGUGCCAGAGGAGGGAUCUGUGAAGUCCGGGGUGGCCAUCGAGAUUGUUACACUGAUCAAGGCCGCUGUGUAUUUGAUGCCAAUGACCAGUUGCAGUCUUUUGAUGGUGUGACGGGGAAAGUGGAGCGGCCGGGAGUCUUUCAAAUGGCUUUCUUAUGUGAUCAAGAGUCUCCUGACUGGUUCCGUGUGGUGUUGGAUCUACAUGCAUGUGCUAGGAAUGAUUCCAGUAAAGUGACAAUGGUCCACGUCUUCUUCCAGAGCAUGAUCAUUACAGUCAACAAUCAGUGGCACAGCUGGGUGAAUGGAAAGAAGAUCUCGUAUCCCUUUAUGUCUAAAGAGGGGGUGUCAGUCUCGUCCACAAAUGAGGCUGUGAUCAUUGAGAAGGUGUCUACCAUGAGACUGACUUUCUCUGGCACUGGAGAGGUCGUGUUAUCCAUUAGCACAGUCCUGACAAACCAGAUUUGUGGAGCCUGUGGCAACUUUAAUGGAGUCACAGCAGAUGAUAUGAUGACUUCUGAUGGGAGAAACUCCACUAUGAUGUCUCUAGUUGCAUCAUCCUGGAAUGCUGAAGACUUCUUUACAUGUGAGGUGUAACAAAACUGGGAGGAAGAUAUUGCUACUAAAGCUGAUUUUUAUCUAAUAGAGGAAUUGUAAAUUGUAUUUAAUUGCACAUUGGGGUUUAGCAUGAAGCUUUGGUGUAAAAUGAAAGAUUCCUGCAUACAUGCUCAGUAUGUUUUUAGUCUGAUCUUAUUAUUGCACUUUUAUGAUUUGAGAUUAAGCACAU